GCCUCCGCGCCGCGCCAAUGAAUGGGGGAAGGUUGCGCGGGAAACUUUCCUUCCCACGCAGCCCCCGAGGGGGCCCCCCACCCCCCCGCGCUGGCAGCAGAGCCUGGGGCGCACGGCAGAGCCAGGCCCUGAGCAGCCGCUCUAGAUUCUCUCGGACCCGGGCCAGGUCGUCCCUGGGGCCUAGCCGUGCCCCCUACCCGUGCAAGUGCUAUUGUUCGGAGGCCUUGGCGGAGGGAAUCGGGACCCCUCCCGUAGGAUGGCUUCCCACGGGUCCCGCCUCCUCCGCCCCACUUUUCAAGGCGACUUAGACUCCACAACCGGCUUAGGCCUGACAGAGAUGCCUGCCUUUCCCCCUGCAGUCGUUGGGCAGCCAAAGGCUCUAUAGGAUCUUCAGGUGCUAGGGCACCCGACUGGGGCGAGGUCUCUGAACCUACUCCCACCCUUUCCUCCGUACCCAGGCUGGAGGACCGGUGCAGAAUCUGCUUGCAGCUGUGAUGCUGGCAGCGAGGUUCAGCAAGGGUGUGGACAUUGAGAUGGGCCCCCAGCACUGUGGGGUGCCUAGGAGGCCAGUGCCAAGUGGCUGCUGCCCAAGGUGGGAAUGGGAGGGCAGAAAGGAGGGCGUGUCAGAGGUGCCUGAGGGAUGGGCUCCCUCAGACCCCUGGAGGUUGAGCUGGCAGGCAGGUCAGGGCAGCUGUCCAUUUCCAAGACGUGGAGGGCAGGAAGCUGCAGGAGCAAUGCGACAGUGGCCAGCGAGGACUCACCUCCGGGUUCACCAUCUGGGAGUCCCUGGAGUUCAGCCUACGACGCGCGGCUGCGGCAGAAGGUGGCGGUGAAAAAGCUGUCUCGCCCCUUCCAGUCGCUAAUCCAUGCACGGAGGACAUACCGCGAGCUGAGACUGCUCAAGCACCUGAAGCACGAGAAUGUUAUCGGACUCCUCGACGUCUUCACACCGGCCACGUGCAUCGAGGACUUCAGCGAAGUGUACUUAGUGACCACCCUGAUGGGUGCCGACUUGAACAACAUCGUUAAAUGCCAGACGCUGAGUGAUGAGCAUGUCCAGUUCCUCGUGUACCAGCUGCUACGUGGGCUGAAGUACAUCCACUCGGCCGGGAUCAUCCACCGGGACCUGAAGCCCAGCAAUGUGGCGGUGAACGAGGACUGCGAGCUCAGGAUCCUGGACUUUGGGCUGGCACGACAGGCAGAUGAGGAAAUGACUGGAUACGUGGCCACACGCUGGUACCGGGCUCCUGAGAUCAUGCUGAACUGGAUGCACUACAACCAGACAGUGGACAUCUGGUCUGUGGGCUGCAUCAUGGCUGAACUGCUGCAGGGAAAGGCUCUCUUCCCCGGAACUGACUACAUUGACCAGCUGAAGCGCAUCAUGGAGGUGGUAGGGACACCUAGCCCUGAGGUUCUGGCAAAGAUAUCCUCGGAGCACGCCCGGACAUACAUCCAGUCCCUGCCCCCGAUGCCCCAGAAGGAUCUCAGCAGCAUCUUCCACGGAGCCAACCCCCUGGCUGUAGACCUGCUUGGGAGAAUGUUGGUGCUGGACAGUGACCAGAGGGUCAGUGCUACCGAGGCACUGGCUCAUGCGUACUUCAGCCAGUACCAUGAUUCAGAUGAUGAGCCGGAAGCUGAACCCUAUGAUGAAAGUGUUGAGACCAAGGAUCGAACACUGGAAGAAUGGAAGGAGCUCACCUACCAGGAAGUUCUCAGCUUCAAGACCCCGGAUCCUCCGCAGCUGCCUGGCAGCCUGGAGAUUGAGCAGUGAGACAGGGCCACACUCCAGCCUGGCGGACCUGAGCUGGCCCCUUCCUCAGUCCUCAACUCUAGCCUGGGCGCUCUUACCCUUAGGGGAGUCUACAUAUGUGUGUGCGCACCAGCGUGUGCCUGCCAUGUGUCAAGUCUGAGCAGAGGUGUUCCAGGGUCUCCUAGGUCCUCCCACUCUGUCCUAGCAACUAGGCUCUCCAUGAGACCUCACAGUGGGGGAACCUGGAUGCCUACGAAAGGCCUCCCUGGACCUGUGUCUUGUCCAUCCCGGCUCUGCCUCAGAGGGUAUCUGGGGUGGAGGGAGCCCAGAUGGGCUGGAAGCCUGGAGAUUCAAAGGGAAUGUAGUGGUUAGAGCUGCUCAGGUUACAAGUGGGGGAACAGAGGGGCCUGCCCUAGAAAGUACCAACACCUGCCACAAGUCAGAGAGCCAGCCCAGGGCCUGUGCCCCACCAGGCUGGGCACCAUCCCUCUGAGGGUGGCAUAACUACUGCCACAUGUCCAGUCAGAACAGCUGCCCAAAACUUAGAGCUUGCCUGUGGCACAUGUGGGCACACGUGUACUCCUUCCUGGUGGUCACAUGUGCAGGCUUAUGUGAGCCUGCGAGCCAAAGGACCAGUCAAGUAGGAGGCCUGAGUUGGGGUGGUGGUCUCACUCUUUCUCCCCUAACUCCAGCUCCUGGUACCAAGGGGUGCUGAGCCUGGUCCGGCAUUGUACCAGCCUAGAGCUCAGGGACCCUGAGGCAUCCACAUAAGCAGGGCCCAGGCUUUCUCUUUGGGCACAGGAGCUACAACUUUAAGGAUGCUAAGGCAGGCAGAACACAUGGAUGUGGACUUGGGCACUUCCUGAAGCUUGGCCAAGACUGGACAAACCCCUGUCUGCUUGCUACCUCUGACCACUGUUGUGGCUCCACAGCCAGAGAUCUGGGGUGCUCUGGUAUGUGGGCCAGCCCUCGUCUUCCCUUCUCCCAGAAAGGAGAUGACCACAUAAUCUCUGGGACAGGACCCUGCUUGGAGACAUGCUAGAGGAGUGACUCCUCCCUGGAGAGGGGGUGACCUCUUGCCUCUUGGGACCCAGGGAGGUCCAGAUGUCAAGUGCCUGCACCAGGGGUGCACAAUAAAGGGGGUUCCCUCUUGCUCA